CUGUGUGGGCGCAUUCUCCAUGGCCCUGUCGCUGGCCGUAUCACCGCUCACCAUUGCCAUCUGUCGGCGGAAGUCGACACGACUAACUGCCGUGCUGGGCGGCCUGGUGGCAGCACUGGGCUGUCUCUUCACCUCGUUCGCGUCUCAGUUUCAUCAGUUGUUCUUUUCCUACUGCACUGUGAUAGGGCUGGGCGUGGGUAUGACACGAGACAGCUCGGCUCUGAUGGUCGGUCAAUACUUCAAGCGGCGUCGCGAGCUGGUGGAGAUCUUUGUCGUCUCUGGCAGCGGGCUCGGCGUCACCGUGAUGUCAGUCUUCGUCAACGGAACGGUGGGGUGGGCUGGCUGGCGGCUCGGCCUCCAGGCCGUCACCGGAGCCGUCUUCGUCACCUUCCUCUUGGGCACGUGCUACCGGUCGGCUUCCCUCUAUCACCCCCAGAGGAGGGCCAUCCUGCACCUCAAAAACCAAAAACGCAAGGUCAAAGACAAGAAGACGGCAAAUAAAGUGGUAAAACCGAUCAAUAAGUCGGAGGACAAGCCGCCGUUUUUCGAUCUGACCACGCUCAAGUCGCGGACGGUGCAGAUUCUCCUGCUCUCCACGUCUCUGUCUUCGUUUGGUCUGAACACCCCUCUUGUCUACAUUGCGCACGAGGCGGAGCGAGACGGUGUGGAGGCCGGCUCCCUGGUGCUGCUGCAGACCUACCUGGGACUGGCCUGGGUGCUCGGCUGCGUCACCUUUGGCGCCGUGGUGGUGCAGAACAGCACAGAGUGCCGCAUCGGCCGCCAGUACCUGUGCCAGGCCUCGGCGCUCCUCUGCGGCGUGUCCAUACUCGGCUGCACGGCCGUCCGCGGCUACGGCGGCUACGUCCUCUUCGUCUGGGUGUACGGCCUCUUCUGCGGCGCCUACAGCUACAGCCUGAAGAUGUUUGCGUACGAGAAAGUGCGCGCCCGAAAUUUCGCCAGCACGUGGGGCUUCAUUCAGUGCUCGCAGGCGAUACCGAUCGCACUGGGAGUGCCAAUUGCAGGGUACAUCAACGUCACGGCCGGCGGCAAGGCGGGCUUCUACUUCUCCAGCACGUUCGUCGUCAUGGGCAGCCUGACCAUCUCGCUGAUCGACGUGCACCGGCGCCGGCGGCGGCAGCGGCACGCGCGCAAACACCACAAGACAAAGCGCGAGUGCAGCGAGGACUGCAAGAAGACGGAGCGCCGCUCGAGCCUUCCGGAGGAGGACGUUCCGCUGCCGAUCGGGAUCACGCUGCAGCCGAGCUUUAUCAUGGAGCUGCUGGACGCCAAUCAGAAGGAGCUGACGUGUAUCAGUGAGGAGGGCAUCGCCGACAUGGACAUCCCCGACCACAUCCUGGAGGAGCUGGAGAUCUUCGGCGACAUCACCACCUGCAACCAGGUGGAGAACUACCUCAUGCUGAGCGAGUAUGAGAACAACCUGAACGGGCAGGGCCACGAGCACGCCGACAAGAGGCGGAGGCGCUCUCUUCUGCAGACGACGGAAGAUGGCAGGCAUACGCUGCGAGAGUCGUGGAGGUAUUUCCUGAACCGACACCGAAGCAUCACCACCAUAGACGAAGCGUCCGUGUGACCUGACCUUCCGUGACCUUGACCUUGGGGGGACUGUGAACGACCUGGGUCAAGGACAAUCACGGGGUCAUUUUAGGUGAUGUGUGGUGUUGGACUCGGUGAAUUGAAAUGCGAAGUGUCGGAAAGUGUGUAAUGCUGACAGCCAAUGUAAACUGUUGCAGCUGGUAUAACACGAUGCCGAGACACUGAAUAUGCGGUGUUCCUGACUCAUUGAAGUGACGUUCCAUCCGCAACUUGUGACGUCAGCGGCCCUUCGCUAUGACGUCACGCUAAGUCAGGCUUUCCGAACGGACUUCAGGUGCUUGGCUGCCAGGGGACAUGUAACGUCAUACGUUGGCAUCUCAGCGACGAAAGGGGUGCCAAAACCCUACGAUCUUCCUAGUCAUCAGAAUACUCGACGUUUGCGUGCUAUAUAGUAUUACGUCAUUCUGCGUUCUUGUUUAUAAGAAAGGAACGGUGAGCAUGCUGCGCGUUGACAGAGUGAUAAUGAAUGUUUUGAUGUAUUUUAGUUGCUAUAAAUGAGGUAUAUAUGUCACAAGGGAAGGUAUAUAAUAUUCAUCACUGGUCAUACAUAAAUGCAUUCAAACAUACAUCAUCUUAUUAGCGUAACUUAACCGCAGGUUGUUUGAAAAGACAAACACUAUUCGUUAGAAUUGUGUUUUUCUAUUGAAAAACAACCGGAGCGGUCCUUCUCCGGGCUAUGUUUGCAAAGUUGGCCUGAGAUUGGGGCAACUUGGUCGCAGCCUAGAGUUUUGCGUUUAGGAUCGUAAAAAUUUCAGG